AUUGUCCAAAUACUAGACUGACUCGAAAUAAUUUAGAGGGCUCGCAUGCAUAUGGAGGCGAAAUCUUACGGGUUUUUAUGAAUUUGGCCCUCGUUUUAGCGGGAUUUGUGGUUUAAUGUGUGACACGGAAUUUCAACUAUGGGACAAUGCUAAUGAAACUGACAUGGCCGCGAAAUUGACGAAUUCAAAUCAUCGAGAAACCGCUGUAGUGUGACCACAGUGAGCUAAACAUGGACGCUGGUAGAUGAGUAGGGUUGCAAAGUGUGGCUGAAACGCCAUGCCAAAGAAGAAAACAUGCGAAGUACCGCUUCCACUAGGUUGGGAAGAAGCGAAAGACUUCGAUGGAAGAAUUUAUUACAUCGAUCACAACACUAAACGAACUUCAUGGGUCGAUCCGCGAGAUAGGUUAACAAAGCCAUUGACUUUUGCUGAUUGUGUAGGAAAUGAACUACCAUUUGGCUGGGAAGAACUUGAUGAUAAAGUUCUUGGAAGUUACUUUAUUGAUCACAAUACAGGAUCGCAACAGCAUGAAGAUCCAAGAGUACAGUGGCGGAAGAGGAGAGAAACCAUGCUCUGUGAUUAUUUAGUAAUGGUACAAUCAGACUUGACGGCAAAGCAGCACAUGAAAGACGUCAAGCAAAAAAGACUAGAUUUGGCUUGCGAAGAGGUUCAAUUUUGGACGUCAGAGCUUGAAAAGAUGCAGAGACGAAAUGAUAAAGAAGGACAAACCAGCCAACAUGUCAAGCAAGGAAGCUUUAGUUCUUCGUCAUCAAAUUCAACCGUCAGCUCGAUAGCAAGCAAAUACGACGUGAAUCAGCUGAAGAAAGAGAUUUCCCAAGCCAGAUCGAGGGUUGAAGUCCUCAAAGCCGAGAUGGAGGCAGUUUCUGGAGAAGUCCAGGCGCGGGAAGAGGGAUACGAAACGUUAAAGAAAAUUGACAGGAAGUUGUCUUCCCGUCAAGGCUGCAAGAAAGAGGACGUUCAGGGUUUAGUGGAGGAGAUAACAAGUGCAGAACGAAUAUUGUUUUCCAAGGAACAAGAGAAAAGUGAGCUAAUUGAGGCAUUAUUGAGACUCAAGGAUAAACUUUCACAGUCUGAAUCUGCGAACACGGGCAAAGAUGAUUCAGCUGAAGUGGAAAUGAGAGUUGGAUCCCAUUUGGACCUUGGCUCAGAUGCGGCCAUUGGACAUCUCCCUGUGCGAGAUAAACAAGAAUUGAAGGCAGAAUAUAAAGAGGCAUUGAAAAAUGAAUCAAAAUUGCAAAGUGAAAUCACUUGUCUGGACGAACGAAUUACACAAGUAAUGACGGACGAUAAUAAUUCGAGGCCAAUGCUUCUGCAAGAAAAGGAAACUCUCCUUGACGAAAUUCGUCGCCUAAACUCUCUUGUCAAAAGCGAAGGAGAAAAAAAAAAGCUGGAGGACGAGAAAGACAGACUGGCUGCUGACCUCAGCCACGCAAGAGAAGUCUCUAAUCGAGCCACAGCUGAUAGAAUUCAACUUCAAGCAGAGAAAUCUCUGUUAGUUCGACGGCUUGAUGAGCAAUCCAAGAUAACGAACCUUCUGAACAUGCGGCUUAAAAAUAUCUCUGGAAGCACCCCAUCUGUUUCUUCGUGUUCAAGCCGUGGCUCCCUCUCCUUGUCCGGAAGCAGAGGAUCCUUAUCUGCUUCCAGCCGAGGCUCCUUGAACUCGCUCAACUAUCCCGAUCUGAGUCAUAGCGGUGACAUGCCCAACCUCCGAGAGCUCCACCAACGUGUGACGGAUUUACUUCAAGGAAUUUCUACUUACCCGGCAUGUCAACCGAUCUACGAAGUACGGACAACAGGUGCAGCCACAAGUUACACGCCGACAUCCGGGAGAGCAAAUCACCCCAGCGCCAGCAACUCGUCGCAGGUCUCGCUAUCGUCUCGUGACUCGAUUUCGUCUACGCAAUCGCCGCCGAUUUCUCCGAGUACGAGCGAUCUUUCUCCGACGAAUUCGCCGGCCACCGUUCGUGUCAUAGCCACGGAGGGAGAGAGUACAUGUCUGGAUGGAACAGAGCUCGACAGGAGCUGUUUACCCCAGGCCGACGGAAUCCCAGUUCAGCAGCGACUUCGUCUGUUGACCGCAGACUCUAAGUCUAACGAAUCGAUUAACAAUUUUCCUUUUACGCCUAUGUCUCCAAUCACGGAAGGCAUUCCGUCGCUUCCGCUGAGACGAUGCGAGGUCCAUCUUCCACCAACUGGGACAAGGCCCGUAACUGCAGCGCCUUCGGACGAAUCCGUGGCGGCUGAUAGCGGAGUCUUUGACGCAUCCCAAGAAAACCUGAAAGCUACCCAGAGAGGAGACUUCGACGAAGACAGUGUGGACACGGCGCAAAUGAAACUAGGACUCUCAUACGAUGUUGAUCGCGAAGCUCUGAUCGUGUGUAUCGAUCAAGCAAAGGGUUUGAAGGCUCUUGGCAACACCACACAGAAUAAAGAAGUGUUCGCAAAAGCCGUCUUGUUGCCGAGUUCGCCUAGUGAAAGCUGCGUUUUGGAAACGAAGCGUUGUGAUUACCAAGACAAUCCUGUGUUUGAGGAACAGUUUCAUAUUCCGGUUCCCGAGAGCAAACUGACAAGCAAGACUCUCCAGGUGAACCUCCUCGUUAGAUCCAGCUUUCAAACGGAAGAGCUUCUGGGUGGGACACAGAUCAGCCUUGCGGAUUUCAAUAGCCAGACUCCUGUCAAAUUUCGAUGGUAUAACUUAUUGAGUUUUGCGUUCUUCCAGUCGGCAGCUGCGAAGUAUCAACAUGGCAAGAUAAAUACCAUGACGCCUGCGAUUGGUUCGCUCUCGAUGGACUGCGUUUGUGAGCCAAAGAGAGGCAACUUACGACCCAACUCAUGGUGCGAAGGCUCAACAUUAAGCCUGGAAUCAGCGGUUGGAUUCGAGCGUAUCCCUUGUAGAUCAGUGAGUCAAGAAGUACUUAACGAGGGUGUGGAAAGUCUACCCGUUCGAAAGCGCACCGCUGGAAGGCCGGUAGAAAGAGCGCAGUCUCAAGGUGAUAGUGUCAUCAGUGGAGGCUCUCUACAGGACAGAGACAGUGACUUCGAUAGAUCACCUGUAGCUCGGCCCAGACCCAACAUGCUGAAGUCGAAGUAUUCGAGAAAGUUUUCUGAUCCUCAACCGCUGUCGUUCCAAGGCCACGGAGAAUUCGAUGAGCUUCACAUGAUGCCUUUGAGUCGGCUGGUUGGUGACAUAACUCUUAAUCGCAGUAACUCGGACUGUACCACGCGGAAAACGGAGGCCAGCCCAUUUGUGAGAAUGUCUGUGGAAAGGACCAGCAUGAGAAGGAAAAAGCAGCGCCCAAUGUCAUGGCAAGGAAUACAACAGUAUCAACAGUUAAAUCAUCUUGAUGCUCGGGCGGCUGUGGACCUUGAAUUCCAGCUAGAAGCCUCUAAAGCCAAACAGCUGCAGGUAAACGAUGAUAUUCGAAGGUUGUCGCAGCUGAAGAAACGAAUCGAGGAGGCAAUUGACGGAGGAUGCACCGAAAUUCCAAAAUCAAUGGAGGAGAGCGAAGAAUUUCAGGCUCUCCUCAGAGAUGUAGAGGCCUUCAGAAGUCUCACCAUGCCUGGACAUCGAGGUAGAAGUCCUUACUCGAGAAGAAGCCACAAGGCCUUUAGAGACAGAUUCAGCCCUUUGCAUAAUAAGCAAGCUAAGUCGCCCGGGAAUUCAAACGCUAAUGACACUCAUUGGGUGUAAAGCGCUCAUUGCAAUGAGGAAAGAAGAAACAUUCAAGCUUCAGAAAUAUUGAAUUUAUCUUCACUGGAGUUAUUUGAAUGAAAUUGACGUGCAGCAAACGACAGGAGAACCAAAUGAAAGUGGUACCUUCCAAAGAAUUCGACAAAAGUAUGCAAAGGCGAACAAAAACAAGACUAAAACAGCUCUGGAACACAUCCUGGCACACAUCGACGACCAUUUCAGCUGGUGAUUAGUUGCAAAUCUUCUAGGUAGUUCUUUUUGUUAGUAUUAAAACUAACGAUUUUUGUAUAAACUGACCAAGAACUUUCAAAAAGUAGCUUAAAUUAUACCUGUUGCUGUGAAAGAGGAAAACUCUCUAAUAGAAGAAACCUUAAUCUUUUAGCCCCUAAGAGUGACCAGCAUCUAAUUUCUCCUUACCAUAUCAUCCCUGAAUCAAACAUGAAAGUUAUGAGAACAGAGGAGAUGAUCACCAACAAAAGCAGCUCUUGACUGUUACACAAAUUCUCCUUGUCAGCCUCUUUGGAAAUAUAUGAAGAACAGUAAGGAGAAUAUGCCUACUGAUGUCAGGGGGUAAAGGGUUAGGCUAAAGUUCGUAUUUUUAUAACUUUGCUACCUCCAGUUGCAACGCGCGUUUUCUAACAAUUUGUAAUAUAAUAUUCAAACGUCUUUUUUUAACUUGACCGCAGAGUUAGCUUUGUACUAUAUGUUUGUAAUAUUGCGUCAGCCGAAAGCCUUUUUCUGGUUAAGCUCUGGCCUCGUUGUCAAAACGAGUCUUGCUACCUAUGUCUAUUAGCUCUUUUUCGAAUGAACGACCCUGCUGUGGCCUCGCCCUGAUGAUGAGGCUGAGAAUAACUCCGUCAAGGGCUAAACCCUUUCGAUUCCAUUGGCCUAAAUACUUAAUUUUCG